AUGGUUGUUCUAGCAGCCUCGAUCUGCACCCGCGGGGGAAAGGCAGUUCUUUCACGUCAAUUCAGAGAAAUCGCACGAACGCGUAUCGAAGCCCUUCUCGCAUCUUUCCCGAAACUCGCAGACUCGGGUACACAGCACACUACAGUCGAGCAGGACAAUGUGCGCUUCGUCUAUCAGCCCCUGGACGAGCUAUAUAUCGUACUUAUCACCAACCGUCAAUCAAACAUCUUACAAGAUAUCGACAGUCUGCACUUGUUCGCCCAAGUAGUCACCAGCAUCUGCAAGACUCUAGAUGAACGGGAGAUCACACGAAAUGCCUUUGAAUUGUUAAGUGCCUUCGAUGAAUUGGUUACUCUCGGAUAUAGGGAGAAUCUCUCUCUCAGUCAGAUCAAGACCUUCCUGGAGAUGGAGAGUCACGAAGAGAGAAUUCAAGAAAUUAUUGAGAGGAAUAAAGAACUCGAGGCCAGCGAAGAGAGAAAGCGAAAGGCGAAACAAUUGGAGCUUCAACGCAAGGAAGCUGCUCGCUCCAAUCGCGGUAUGCCAUCUCGACCUCCUUCAUAUCCCGUUUAUACUCCACCUACCCGGCCCGCCGUUACAGAGACCAUCGAUACCUACGAAGCUGAGAAGAAGAAAACAUUUGCCAAACCAAUGCCUACCCGCGGUAAAGGUAUGCAACUUGGAAAGAAAUCCAAGACAACCGACAUUUAUGAGAAGGUCCGCGAGGAUCUUGGUCCCGAAGUCGAGGAGUCAACUCCUCUGGUUACUCCACAAGCAGCCACACCAGUCGUACCUGAAUCGCGAGCAUCUUUGUCGUUGGAGCGAGCAGCUGUACAAUGUACAAUCGCAGAGACCGUUUCAGCGAAAUUGACCCGAGAAGGCGCAUUAAAAUCAUUCGAGGUCAAGGGCGAUCUACAACUCCGAAUUUCAGAUCCGGCUCUUACCAAGCUCAAACUCGACCUGAUCGCCAGCACCAGCCAUGGCGUUCAAUUCCGCACUCACCCUAACGUGGACAAAGCAUUGUUCACUAACUCAAGUAUCAUUCAACUAAAGGAUACAUCUAAACGCUUCCCCGCCAAUAAUGCUAUCGGUGUCCUCCGAUGGCGCGUCGCCAGCACCGGCUCAGAGCACGCCGACGUUCUUCCCAUUACAUUCACCGUCUGGGUUAACAAAGGCUCAGACUCGACCACAGUCACGGUCGAAUAUGAGCUCACAGGUACAGAUAGCUUGCGGGAUGUCUCUGUGACAAUGCCAUAUGGUGCAACAGAGCCAUCGGUCACUAGCUUCGAUGCCGUCUAUGAAGUUGCUGGUGACAGUCUAGAAUGGAACAUCGGCUCCAUCGACACAAGCAAUGCUUCGGGUAGCUUUGAAUAUGAAGUCGUUGACUUCGAUGCGGAUGAAAACGAAUUCUUCCCCAUGAGCGUCCACUUCUCCAAGACUGUUCCUUUCGUCGAGGUAGACGUUUCCAGUGUUUCGCUUCUUGAGGAGGGCCAGGAAGUCGACUUUGUGAAAGAUGUGAAGAGUGUUGCUGAUGGGUUUACGAUUGAGUAA